CGGAAAUCCGUGAGGUAAGGUGAGGUGUGCAUUUUUAGGGUCGACCUUUUCUAACCCCACCCCUCCUUGUGGGAAGGCAGCAUCGCUGUCAUGCUGGUUGUCCGAGGGAAACACCUUACUGCUGUCACACCCCUCUACAAUCAGCAGUACGACUUCGCCCUCAGACCUUGAGUUGCUGCCUUUAGUCUUACCGUUCGCCAAUCGACCUGCCUGGCAUGGUAGAACCUGCAGGAACAUAUGUUCCAGCCAAUAUAGCUCGGUUGGGUCAUCACGAUAGGCAAGCCCGACCACCGCGUCAAGGUAGCAGCUUCGAUCGGGGAGGGAAUGCAGCAGGUUCAGACAAAUCAGCCUCAAAAAUCUUUGAGUGUAGUUGUCAAGUUUUAGCAGUUAGAUUGAUUAAAAUCUUAGCUGACUUUCGGGGACUGGAUGUAAUCCCAUCUCACUGGUGUCGAUGGCCGAUCGUUGCGGUUUAUAAAAAAAGGAUAAAAGUACUCUUGUGAUAACCACAGAGAAAUCAGUUCGACUAACAGUGUUGAAAUAUCAGUUUCAAGGCUAAUCCGAUGCUCGAGCCCUAGUGGGUUGGUGUCUGACGAGAUUUUGACACGGGUUCAGAGAGCCCGGUUGGCUUUUGCUAACUUGUGUCACUCGUAGAGUAAGUGAGAUAUCCGUUUACAUACCAAAGGACGAGUUUACUAUGCAGCAGUUCUAUCCAUCCUACUUUGUGGGUAUGGAACAUAGCCAUCAUGAAUAGAGGAUAUUCGUAGGUUGCCAGUACUCGGUCAUAGGUUUCCUUGGAGCAUUGCUCUUUUAUGUUGGAAAACCACUGAGUGUGUAAUGGGGAAGUUAGACAUAAAGCAAGUACAGGGUAAGGAUGGCAAAUCGAUUAAUGAGAUGGCCAAUGUCCAUCGGUUGAUGUUGUUGAAGCAUGUAUUAUCUAUGCCCAUCCACCACCUACCUCGACGCUCAAUGAUAGCUCGUGUAGGGUUAAACUGAUAAGAAUCUAGGGGCGGUCAGAUCAAGCCACGUCAUCAGUCCUUGAAAACUCUGACUAUCGGACUGAGCUAUGCAAUUAGAUAAAGACUAUCUGGUUGGGGUCCAUGUGAUUAUCGUGACCAAUAGCUAGACCAGGUGACAUGGCUUGAAAUCAGUCGCAAUAGAGCACAUGCAUUUACUCAUUUUCUUGCCUUAGAUCCCAAGUUUCUAAAUUCGUCGUAAAUUCCUUUUCCACCAGUUUACAUUCUCUCGAAACGUAUCUUCGAUAUCUAAUCUUCUCUCCUACCACUUAUAAUGUUUCUACCUCUUCUACUCUGGGUUUCGUUUUAACAAUUUCAUUUUACUAUGCUAAUGAGGUAUGGCAACUUGGAUCAAUGUACAUGUUUUCCAAGUUGUACUUGCAUUCGACUGAGUACAAUUUUAUCAUCAACAACUUUUUAAAUCAACAGACACACUAGUUAUUGUAAAAAUCAUGAUGUAUUCAUAUGGCUUCAACUUAUCACUAAAUGUCUAUGUUCUGUCAGUUUCUGGUAUGUGUUACUCAGAGAUUCGAGCAACCAGUGAAUCUUUAUCUUGCUUAUAGAUCACUUACUCAUUCCCACCUAACAUUGUUAAUUUUGAGGAUGAUCGUGUAAAUACUGGUACAAUCUAUCUAAAAAGUGUUUUAAUAAACAAAAUAGUUCAACCAACCAAACAUUUAAUAUAUAUGUGACUAAAUUUCAUCUUAUAAGGAGUCAAUCAUUUAGCAUAUUUUAGUUUGGUAAUCAAUUUAAACUGCCACUUUGCAUUUUUUCAAGAAGUUAGUAUAGAAUAUACUGGAGUUUUAUAUAUGCCCUCUCAGCUCGUAUUGAACGACGGAUUGAUAAUAAUAGAACUAUGACAAUCUAAAUAAACUUAUUGUAACAUACAGUUAUAUUAAGAUAUGGUUAAAUGAGAUCAGGUACUUCCUUUAUAUCAAUUACCUAAGCAAUUGCAUACAAAAGUCAAUUUCAAAUGAUAAUAAGGUAAUACCUGCUCCCAUUAUUUAACUUUGAUGAUAUUAUUACGUUAAAUAAAAGCGCUUUAUUCAGUUCUAUUUAUUGACAGUAAAGAGCUGUAUUAUAACGCUUACUCAGGCAUAUAACUUUAAAAACAGCAUCAAUCAUACUCCAACAUUUGACAAAUUUUAAAAACUUAUACUAAUCACUUCAGCUCCAGUAAAAUGAAAAGCCAAGAAAUCAGUACGCUUUUUCUUAAUGUCUCUAAGAUACUGUCACCAAAGUAGCCCACAUUUUAAAACAACAUACCACUCACUAGCUGAAAAUACUCGAAAUCAUAAGUCAGUAAUCUGAACGGCUGGCUCUCAACAAUGUAGUCGCUUUAUCUGACUCCCAGGCUAAUACUAGUAUAUGACUGUUCCUCAGUUUUUGGGUGCCCUUAUUUUAUACAGUGCUUGAAGAAAUUCAACUGGUACUCAAAUUAUCGAUUAACCUGUAAAAGAUAUUUGUUGCCUACCGAUAUAUAUUUAGUGAACCUUUUGAUGAUCGUAUAUAAAACUCUGAUUUCAUGUCUUCAAUUGAGUGUUAGAUAAAAAAUUUCGUUUUUGCUUCUGUACAAUGUAUAUAUAGUAAAAUUCCUUUUCUUAACCUCCAGAAUGUCAGAUGUUCCAUUAGAUGCCCCAUCUCCCUGCCCUGGUACACAAAGUGAUCUAGCCGGGAAAGCCUCAGCAUGUGAAGGUUGCCCUAAUCAAUCUUUGUGUUCAAGUGGACAAGCCAGACUUCCUCUUUCUCAACGUGAACCAGAUACAAUUCUCUCUAUAAAACGACGUCUUGGUUCAAUUCGCCACAGAAUUAUUAUUCUAUCUGGCAAGGGUGGAGUUGGAAAAAGUAGUCUUUCAGUUUGUCUAGCUAGGGGACUAAGCAGGCGUGAACGCAGUCAAGUGAAUGGUUCCAAUGAAACUUAUCGUAUUGGACUACUUGAUCUUGAUUUUUGCGGCCCUUCCAUUCCAUGUAUGUUCGGUUGCAUGGAUGAAAAGGUAUCCCUUGUUACUGUGUGCUUGUCUAAUUAAUUUAACAAAUAUCGUUUUCUAGCCCAUUUAUUUACAUUCUUAAAGUUUCGCUCAAACUUUAGUUAUUACCAAUGUUUUAUUGAUGGAACUCAUCCUCUUAUUUAAUUUAAUUAUCGUAAACCUUUAUAAUCACUUGUUCGAUUUACUUCUGUUAUGAUAAUUUGCAAGUAUCUCUCUUAAACAUACUUCAUAAAAGAACAUACUACUCUUAGUAAUCUAAACAGAAAGGUUCAGUCUCUAAACAAGUAUAAUAUUGAUCUUCAGUCAAGAGUUUUUUCCGCCGUAUAGAUAAAAUAUAACUAUCGGUUGAUCUACAUAGGUUUAUUUCUAACCACAAUUACACCAAGCAAAUUUGGAUCAAACAAAAUAUGGAGAAGUAAACAAAAAUAUAUUUGGAUGCUUACGACUAGUAGCUCAUUCCAUUCACUUUCAACCUCAUUCAAAUAUCACCGUUAUUCUCUAAUCCAGUUAAGUAAUAAUCCAACAGUUUAAAUUCUUAACUUUCAACCUGUGAUGUUUUAGGUUCUUGUUUCGCUAAAACUACCGAUGUUCAGACAAGCACGUUUAUUGCUAUUCCUCACAAUUAAUAUUUAGAAAAUUAGCCAGUACAUUUCCGUUUCCUAUCACCUCCAAUCUACGCUACUAUUGGUAGUUUGAUUGUUAACAGUGACUAGCUAAUCUAAUAGUAAAGUAGACGACAGUCACUUAUGCACAACAUACAUCCUAGGAACAUUCAUGUAUCGUGUUCAAGUAAAUCACAAAUCAGAACUAUGCUAUAUCAGAAUAGUGUAGGAAAUAACAGUAUUAGUGGUAGUAGAAAGGAUUAGAUAUCGAAGAUACGUUUCGAGAGAAUGUAAAUUGGUGGAAAAGGAAUUUACGACGAAUUUAGAAACUUGGGAUCUAAGGCAAGAAAAUGAGUAAAUGCAUGUGCUCUAUUGCGACUGAUUCCAAGCCAUGUCACCUCAAUUAUGUUUGUGUUUACAUAUUACCAGUAAAAACGAAAACCCAAGUUGACGAUAACAAACUAAAGUUAGCUCUUGUGAAAACAUCUGACGUAAAUUUAGUUUCAGUUAUGACUAAAGAAUACUAAGAAAUUAUAAUUGCUCACACUUAAUAGAAACAAGUAAUUCCUUUACAGUCCUUUUGUUUAUAAUAUGUGUGGUUUAUGGCGAGGCUUCUGGUUCGUAUAUCACAAAGGUGGGUUAAUUUAUUACUAAGUGUUCAAGAAAAUCUAUUUCCACAGAAUAUUCAACUUAAAUUGAAUCAUUCAGAUUUAUCAACCUAGUGAGCAUUAGAAGUUAUGUAAUGUGUGAAUUGUCUCGAUUCACUGGUUCCGUUAGUGUUAACCAACCCAUCUGUCAUUUCAGUAUUUGUCAUUUGCACUACCCAUGUUAUCAGUUGGCUUUCAAAGUGCAUACAUUUAAUUAUUCUUGAAAAGUAUUGUGAAUGAAAAGUUUCAUUUCAGGUACACCAAAGCCAAUCUGGUUGGUCUCCUGUCUUUGUGACAGAAAAUCUUUGUUUGAUGUCUAUGGGCUUUUUGCUGCCCAGUCCUGACCACCCAGUCAUAUGGCGUGGCCCUCGCAAAAACACGUUGAUUCGCCAGUUCCUCACUGACGUCGCGUGGACCGAAGAAGAAAGUAAUCUAGACCAAGGAACUAAUUUGGACUUUUUAAUCAUAGACACUCCUCCAGGGACAUCUGAUGAACAUCUCUCAGUUGUUCAGUAUCUUCAGGCUGCUGAGUGUUUAGACGGGGCGAUAAUUAUCACUACACCUCAGGAAGUAUCUCUGUGUGAUGUAAGAAAGGAAAUAGAUUUUUGUCGGAAACUAUCUAUCCCAGUCUUAGGGGUCGUGGAGAAUAUGGUUGAGUUUGUGGUGCCAGAUCACUAUCUACCAUGAAACACAAUGAAAAUGCUGAUGAUCCAUCAUUUCCAGAUCUUGAAAUAAUUGGUCGGUUACCACUUGAUCCUAGACUAACCAGAGCUCUUGACGAAGGUUUGUGCCCAUUCGAAUUAGCUGAGUCGAAUUCCUUCAUCAGCCAACAUUCAAAAAACCCAGAUGGAGGACUUCAAUCCUCUGACACAGUAAUUGUCUCAUUCCAAGAGUUGUUCAAUAAUCUUCUUGAAAGGCUUCGUAAAUAAUCGAUUCUUUGUCUCUUAAAUGUCAACUGUUUUUUUUUGUUUGUGAAGUCAAAGCAUAUUAUUGGAUUUCCCCUUCGAUUUCUACUUACCAAAAUGAUUUUCAUUCAGUCGAACUUUCUCCGUCAAUAUUUGUAAAUACUUUUCGAAUGAAUAGUUUUCCACUGGGCUGUUUUUUAAACUAGAGUUUCCUAAAAUAUAUGAAUAUGUUUCAUUUUUACUGUUUUGAAAUAUGUAUAUGGAAGUAAUGGGCUCGAUACUAAUAGAUGUUUGCUUUAUUGUGUGGUUGGAUAAAUGACAAAUACAAACUAACAAUGACAUAAGGAUUUGUAGCUUACUAUUUUUGAUAUUCACGACUGAACGUGGUCAGUCUCUGUUGUCAUGCGUGCGUCCUGAGAGCAGCAUCUUCAUAAAACAUUUUGUAUGCUCUACAUUUGGAGAGCAGUGAAAUUCAGGGAGCGAGUCUUGCCCUACUUUCGGAACCAUCGGUUAGAAAUACAUGCAUCCCAGUGUUGAUGUUCACAUUGAAAGUCGAACCCAAUGCCUUUCGUUUCAAACUCCCCGACAUGUUAUCUAUUGAGCACGGGUAGCUACUAACUUUUCCUGGUCCAUCUAGGACAAAACCCGAAUCUCAUAUCUCUCUGCUACAUACCAAAAACACUAAAAACGAUACAUCAGUUCAGUAAAGUGCACAUUGAACAUUUUUCUAAUAUGUGUACUAUAGAUAAGACAAUCGGCUGACGUUAAGUAAAGGAAUAAAUUAUUUCCAUGAGAUAUAAGCAAAGUAGGGGCAUGUACUAGAUUGAAGUCUAUAGAGAUCAGGGUUCCAUCUUGAUUGAUUAAUGAAACUUAUCUUCACAUUCAUAGAGAUAAUAAUAAAUGUCAUCACUUCGCAGAACUUAUCAUCUGAUACAUACGUAAAUAAAUACACACCCAGAAGUUUAGACACUGAUUAUGGUAUUUUAGUAACGUUCUUUUUACGAGGUGUGGUAUCUAUCGCUACACUCAACCCUCCUCUUGCCCUAACCUUGAGACUGGCAGUAAACUCAGAAUGGUUUCAGGCAGUGUUGAACCAUACAAAGAGUAUAAUUUAAUUAAAUAUCUAGGUUAAACCCAUCCACCUUAUUUAAAAGUGUCUUGAAUAUAAAGUUCAAAUGAUUAGGUUUAGUUCCACUUAAAAAUCUGUUUACUUGUUGAUGCUCGUAAAAUAUUUAUAGUGCAUAAGUCCUACGUAUCGAAAAUAUGUUUCUGUACCACAGAAAAUCCGCCAAAUAACUUAGUCUUUCAGAUGUCCUUCUGGGAAAUUAGGUUUAUGAAAUAUAAAUUGUUUACAUACUGUUAAUCAAUCUUGCAAAUUUACAUGAUUAUCUAAAUUCUGCACUUAUGAGCCUUGUCCGAUAUCAGAUAUGUUACUGUUAAAUUAUUAGUCUUUUGUCAACGUAAACAUUAAAAAACCUUCGUGAUAUUUCCCAGAACAAGUGGGAAUUUCAAAUUAAUAAUCCAAAAUAUAUAAACAUCAAAGCCUCAUUUCUGAAUAACUAUUAGAAUCGAAAGCAGCUCACUGUUUUUGCCGAGAUCGUUAAUUAUGAUAGUAAUCUUCAAUCAAACGAACCUAAAAAGCGUUGCUCCCACAAUGACAUGAAGGAAUAUCCCACCAAAGGAUUAAGGUAAUCAGUCACCAAUCCCAAUCAUGCAAGUGUAUUAUGUCAAUCAUGUCUCCUGUUUAGACUAAACAACGAAACUUUCCCUAUUGUACGGUCACUCUGGUACAUUCUUGGUAAUACUGGUCCAUACCCAAAGCUUUGCUACCUUAACGUACUGACUUGAUUGUAUAUUCAAAUCGAUAAGUAUAGUUGGAAACUCAAUUUUGAUCAAGGAAGAUAACUCAUUAAAAGGGUUUACCCUGGAAACUGCAGUAUUAAUCAUUACUAUUUAAACUCACCACUAAGAAUUUAAGUUAUUUCACCAUAGAAUUUGUCUCACCAGUAAAUUGGUUGGACACAAACAUUUACACAGUACGUAGACUCUUUUGGUGUGAUUGUUAAUUACUUUAGUUUUAAUAAAUAACUUGGGCACUUAUAAUAUCUUGUUGGACUUCAUUCCCCACUUCUUUAUUGUAGUUAAACAGUGUGAAUAAAGUUUAAUCACUAGAUAGAUUGACUGUCUAUUUAGUAAUAGUCAGACAGACAAAUAGAUGGACAAACAGCCAGACAAAGACGUCAUUCCAAAAGUACAAGCAUUAGCAAAAGGAGUCAGAAAUAAACACUUGGAUAAAUAUUGAAUUCAAAAUUUUGUGCACAUGCACACAUAUCCAUUCUUCAUUUUCUUCUUCUGACUUAAAGGCUAUCACGAGUUCAUGAUACGGUAAAAAGUGGUAGCUGUUAGUCUGAAAUUGUAUAUUAUGUUGUGACAGAGAUAAAUAGGACAAAUUUGUAAUUUAGGACUUUGGGAAGAAUACUUGAUUUCCACUGUCAUUUAACUUGCAUCGCCCCCUAUAUCAAAUCCAUUUGUAUUGAUGCCUUAACAUUUAAUUCUGAAAACCAAAUACCUAUUAACUUAAAUAACUGAAAAUAUGUAUUUCAUAACGAGUAGUAAGCUCUGACUUAAAUUUUUCUGAUUGGCUAGCCUGUUGUUUUAUCUGACACCAACAUAAUUUACCGUAGAAAGUCAACCUUUACUGAUAACUUACAA